CCCUUCUUCUCCAGUGGUGGAUUGCUCUUCACCAAAGUGAACUGACGGGGAGAUCUGAACAACCAGGGAGGUGUCGCUUGAGCAGGAAAGUCCAGCGCUGGCGCAGGUUUUGUUUUGACACUGAAUGUGGUUUGGAGUUGCCCGCUGCUGUUAUCCAGCACAUGUACCUUUUUGGACAGAACUAUAGUGAAUACACCAAUCAGUAGACAAUGGAGAGGGUUGCAAAAGGGGCUCAAGACAUUGCCAAGACGGCCAAAAAACAGGCAGUAAAGAAAGCAGGAGAUAGAGCUCAAGAUGGCUACACUGAAAGAUCUUACAAUAGAUUCCAGGCUGAAGAAGAAAAUGGUUAUUAUAACCAUGAAGGAGAAGGAAAUGAAGACGAAGGAUCAAGUGAAGCAACUGAAGGACAUGACGAAGAUGAUGAGAUUUAUGAAGGAGAGUAUCAAGGAAUCCCAAGUACAGCACAGAACAAAGAUGGAACUGCAGCUUUAGGACAGCAAAUCACAGGUGUUUACAAAGAUCGAAGUGAAUUGGAGACAGAGCGAAAAGCUGAUGAAGAAGAGCUAGCACAGCAAUAUGAAUUAAUCAUUCAAGAAUGUGGGCAUGGACGUUUUCAGUGGGCCCUCUUUUUUGUCCUUGGAAUGGCACUAAUGGCAGACGGAGUAGAGGUUUUUGUGGUUGGAUUUGUAUUGCCCAGUGCUGAGACAGAUUUGUGCAUCCCCAACUCUGGAUCUGGAUGGCUUGGUAGCAUAGUAUACCUUGGGAUGAUGGUAGGAGCUUUCUUCUGGGGAGGCUUGGCAGACAAGGUGGGAAGAAGACAGUCUCUUCUGAUAUGUAUGUCGGUCAAUGGAUUCUUCGCUUUCCUUUCAUCAUUUGUCCAGGGCUAUGGCUUCUUUCUCUUCUGUCGAUUACUCUCUGGAUUUGGGAUUGGAGGAGCUGUUCCAGUUGUAUUUUCAUAUUUUGCUGAAGUACUUGCUCGAGAGAAACGUGGAGAACAUUUAAGUUGGCUUUGCAUGUUUUGGAUGAUUGGAGGUAUCUAUGCAUCUGCCAUGGCCUGGGCAAUAAUUCCUCAUUAUGGGUGGAGUUUCAGCAUGGGAUCUGCAUAUCAGUUCCACAGUUGGCGAGUGUUUGUUAUAAUGUGCGCCUUGCCUUGUGUUUCUGCUGUGGUGGCACUUACUUUUAUGCCAGAAAGUCCAAGGUUCUUGCUUGAGGUUGGAAAACAUGAUGAAGCUUGGAUGAUUCUCAAACAAAUUCAUGAUACAAAUAUGCGAGCUCGUGGCCAACCUGAAAAAGUUUUCACAGUUAACAGGAUCAAAAUGCCAAAACAAAUAGAUGAACUUGUAGAAAUACAAAGUGACACAGGCACCUGGUACAGGAGAUGCUAUGUCAGGGUACGCACAGAACUGGAUAGUAUUUGGUUAACAUUUAAGAGGUGUUUCACCUAUCCAGUCAAAGACAAUACAAUUAAGCUUGCAGCAGUAUGGUUUACUCUUUCUUUUGGGUACUAUGGAUUGUCUGUCUGGUUUCCAGAUGUCAUUAAGCAUCUGCAAGCAGAUGAAUAUGCCAGCAGAGGGAAGAAUUUUAGCAACAAGAGGAUCGUGGGCUUUGAUUUCAACUUUACUCUGGAAAAUCAGAUCCAUUUUAAUGGGACAUUCAUCAAUGACAGGUUCACAAUGAUGACAUUCAAAGCAGUUACUUUCCAAGACUCCCUUUUUAACCACUGUUACUUUGAGGAUGUUACUACGCUGAAUACAUAUUUUAAAAACUGCACUUUUAUAGAGACUAUUUUCUUCAAUUCAGAUCUUGAGCCAUAUAAAUACCCUGGUAGUGAAUUUAUAAAUUGUACAUUCAUUCACAAUAAGUCAGGAUGUCAAAUUUCAUUUGAUGAUGAUUACAGUGCCUACUGGAUUUAUUUUGUCAAUUUUCUGGGGACUUUAGCAGUAUUACCAGGAAAUAUUGUCUCAGCUCUUCUGAUGGAUCGAAUUGGACGUUUAACAAUGUUGGGUGGUUCUAUGAUUCUUUCUGGAAUUAGCUGCUUUUUCCUAUGGUUUGGUACAAGUGGAGCCAUGAUGAUAGGCAUGCUGUGUCUAUACAAUGGCCUUACCAUCUCAGCAUGGAACUCUCUUGAUGUUAUUACUGUGGAGUUGUAUCCUACAGAUAGAAGGGCAACUGGCUUUGGCUUUUUAAACGCACUCUGCAAAGCAGCAGCUGUUCUUGGAAACUUAAUAUUUGGUUCUUUUGUUGCCAUUGCCAAAUCAAUACCUAUUUUGUUGGCUUCAACAGUUUUAGUGUGUGGAGGUUUGGUAGGACUUCGACUCCCUGACACCAGAAGCCAAGUACUGAUGUAAUUUGAGAUGGGUGGUGGAUACAAAAAAAGCCAUUUAUUUGCUUUCCUGUUUCUAAGUGUCAUUUCUUGGAUGGAUGGGAGUAGGCUUCAGAUUGUUGGUUCAAGAAAAGUAAUUGCAUAGAGAAGUUCUACCCUCAAAAUGAAACCACAGCAACAAAAAAUUAAGAGAAACACAAGAAAGGGGAAAGAAAAGUGAAUUCAGUGGAGCCAUUUGUCCCAGUAUUGUGUAUCUCAUCAGUCCAAUCCUGUUAAGUUCACACCUGUAAAAUUCCAAUGACUGGAGUCUACAUGUGUCAUUCCCUCACAGAGACAGACCUUUGCAGAUAAAAAAUGUGGAGGAACCUGUAUGUAUGUAGACACCCAAAUUACAUUUUUGAGAAAGGAGAAAGAUGAAAAUUGUGGACUGGAACUGGUGGGAAUAUAAGAUAUUAGGGGCAAAAAAAAUGGCCAUUGACAACCUACCCCUCAGUUCAUUUAAUGAGUGCAUAGAGAUGUUUUUGAAGACAGUUGCUAUUAAAACCAAAACAAAUAUAACCCCUAUAGCAGAGAGGGCUGGCCAGGCAUGCAUCACUGCAGGGCAGCUUGGCUGCCCCUGAUCUGGCACGUGGUGGAAUGGGGCCACCUGAGCCACCCUGAGCCUUUGGGGCUGCCCGAGCACUGCGCAGUCACCGCACAUGGGAGGAAGGGUCAUAGGGACCUGGACUCUUGCACUUUCUGGGGUAGGGUUAUAUCUCUUUUAUUUCAUGCUGAAAGAAUAGUUGAUAAAGCUUGCAUAGUAGCUUCUAUGAAUAUCCUACCUCUAAAUUAAGGUUUCAAAUUAUAUUAAGAAAAAAGGAUAAA